ACCCGCCCUGAAAUGAGCAACCCUUUAAAAAGCCAAACCGAAGGCAUGCAAACACACACACAUUGUUUUCCUUCCCCUACAUUGUUUUUUUGCAUCUGGAACAGAUUUCUCAAAAUGAAGCUUUACCUCGCAGUGGCCGUCCUGUUGCUGGCUCUCGCAACGCAAUCAGAGGCCCAGGCUCCGGAGGAACCGACCCCUGCGGGUCCUGAUAGCAUUGGGGACAAGUUCAGCCAGUUCGGGGACACAGUGGCCGUGCUCGGCCAAGACAUUGCCGUGAAGACCCAGGACGCCAUCCAGAGAGCUCAAGAAAGCGAGUUUGCCGUCAAAACUAGGACCUGGUUCAGCGAUCAGUUCGAGAAGAUGAAGGCAAAGUUAAGCGAGAUUGGACAAUAAGAAGGAGACCAAAUGUCUGCAAUGAGCCAAAACCCUGUCAGUGGUGCCUUGUGUGGCGCCUUGUGUGGCCCUUUGACCUUCUGCCCCCCCCCCCCCCCCUCCGCCCCCACUGGGUUUUGGCCGCAAAGAGGGUGGACUGUAUGCAUGGCCUUAUGCCCAAUACACCUUGCUUUGUAUCGCUCGUAUAAUCUUUGUACAAAUUUUG